GCCCAUCAGAAUUUGACUAAAUAGCACAUCACCUCCUCUCCAUUAUUUGCACAACAGCGCUUUGCAUGCAGAGGGAAAAGGGAAUGAAGAAUGAAUAAAAUAGUUUCCUUUUUUGUAUUCGGCAGUCUCCUCAAUUCAAUUAUACUCAGCAUAACCGGCCAACUUGAAAUCCGUUCAUUUUUUUUGAUCGCAAAAUUCAUGUCGGGGUUGAAAGAUAUUCUUGAUUCUGAUGUCCAGAAGUAUUUUGCUCCUCAUUUGAUGAUAACGAUAGAUACUGAAGUUUGGGCACCAAGAAGUCAUAAAGUGGUAUCAUUUCUACAACUUCUCAGUUCUACAUUUGCAUCAAAAGUGCAGUGUCAGGGAUGAGGUGAGGUGCAAGUUGUGCCGUGAUUUGCUUCCGGAUAGUGACGACUUAUGAACGUCGUCUAUCUUAUAA